AGGAAGUGAGUGACAGUAGACCUCAGUAGACCUCAGCAGAGUCCCGCAGAGUCCAGCAGAGUCCCGCAGAGUCCAGCAGAGUCCAGCAGAGUCCCGCAGAGUCCCGCAGAGUCCAGGGCAGUUUGUUCUGUCCUCACUGACAAAGAGAACGAGAUGGCUUCAAUAACAGAUGGACAAGAACCGGAGCUGAGCAGGGAGGACAGCAGAGAGCCGAGCCGGUCAGAGUCCUGUAUGGAUCAGCCGGUGGACUCCAGUGUUCUGGAGGUGGUCCACUACGGGCCGUCGCCCCUCCCAGUGAAGCACUACGACGCCGACACCACGGAGCCAAUCAGCGGCGGGAUCCGCACCAUGGAGGAGCUGCUGGCGUGGCGCCGCGGCGAAGCCAGCGCCUUCAACGUGGCCCCGGUGCCCCGGGCCCCCCGGGAGCCUCCUCUGGACCGGGUCCAGCACCGCACCCUGGUGUCACAUGACAUGAUGGGAGGUUACCUGGACGACAGGUUCGUGCAGGGCGCGGCGGCGGAGGCGCCGUACGCCUUCUACCACUGGAACCACAUCGACGUCUUCAACUACUUCAGCCACCAGCUGGUCACCGUCCCCCCGGCCGUCUGGACCAGCGCCGCCCACCGCCACGGCGUCCUGGUGCUGGGGACGUUCAUCACGGAGUGGACGGACGGCGCGGCGCUGUGUGAGGCCUUCCUGAAGGACGAGGAGUCGUACCGCGCCGUCGCCGACAAGCUGGUGCAGAUCAGCCACUGGUACCGCUUCGACGGCUGGCUGGUCAACAUCGAGAACGUCCUGAGUGCCGCGGCGGUGAGGAACGCACCGCUGUUCCUGCGCUACCUGACCGACCAGAUGCACGAGAGGGUGGGCGGCAGCCUGGUGCUGUGGUACGACAGCGUGAUCCACGACGGACAGCUGAAGUGGCAGAACGAGCUCAACCAGUAUAACAGAAUGUUCUUUGACGCCUGUGACGGCAUCUUCACCAACUACAACUGGACGGAGCAGAACCUGGAGUGGAUGGAGGCGUACGGCGGCCUGCAGCGGCGCCAGGCCGACGUCUACGUGGGCGUGGACGUGUUCGGCCGAGGGAAGGUGGUGGGAGGCAUGUUCGAGACAAACAAGGCUCUGGAGCUCAUUCGGAAGCAUAACUUCUCCACAGCCAUCUUCGCUCCGGGCUGGGUGUACGAGGCCCACAGCGACAAGACGCAGUUCCGCAAGAACCAGGACAGGUUCUGGGACCUGCUCUCCCCCUACCUGCCCCUCCACCGGCCAGCCUCGCCUCUGCCCUUCCUGUCCUCCUUCUGCCAGGGCUUCGGGAAGGCGGUCUACUCCAGAGGACAGCCUGAAGCGGCCACCAGCUGGUUCAACCUGGCGGCGCAGGAGCAGCAGCCGCUGUACUACCGGGCGGCGGUGGCGGGCGGCGGCUGGCUGAGCAGCAGCGGCUGUCCGGAGGACGCCUGGAACGGCGGCAGCUCGCUGCUGCUGGAGGGACUGCUUCCUGCGGCGCACGGCGCCCCGCUGUGUGCCAGGAUCUUGUCCCUCCACGUCCCUCUGGCGUCCACAACCUUAGUCACCCUGGUCUUCAAGGCGUCUGCGGGGAUCUCCGUGUCUCUGGAGCUUCAGACCACGGACGCCAGUCGCUGCACCCACAUCAGCGUCCAGGAAGUCCCACUCUCUCAGGUGUCGCCUGCAGUGCUGGACGAUGGCCACCAGGUGGUGCAGCAGCUGUCUCAGCUGUGUGGCAGCUGGAACACAUCUGGCUGGACUCUCAGAUGUUCGCAGCUGGAGGUCCGCGGCUGCGUGCUGAGGGAGGUGUGUGUGAAAAUCAGCCGAGACGGCGAGCCUGGAGACCUGCCUUUCAGCUGCCGGGUGGGAGAGCUGAUGGUGCUGGAUGCGGCCGGCCUGCAGCCGCCCCCUGACCGGGUUCAGGGAGUGUGUAUUGACGAGGUGGUGUGGCUGCGUGGCGUGGGGUCCUCCCCUGACUCCGCCCACUCCUGCCUGCUCCUGAACGCCACCCUGCGCUGGGACUACCCGCUCCGGGCGGUGCGUCACUUCAGGGUGCACUGGAGGCGGCUGCGGGGCCCGGACCCCCGGACCCCCCCGGGCCGGCUGGCCCCGGUGGGCCGGGCCUACUCCACCCUGUUCAGGGUGACGGAGCUGGCGGUCCCGGAGCCCCCGGGGCUGCUGGAGCUGGUGGUGCAGCCGGUGGUCCGGGAGGGCUUCCUGGUCCCGGAGAGCCAGUGGGGCAGGAGGAGCCUGAGCUACACUGACGCCGCCGUCCAGUGAGGCCAGCUGAACGCGGGACCCGGUCUGCUUCUGGGGGGCGGGGCUGCCUGCCGCAGGCCUCCCCCCACUGGACUCACUCGCUGUGAGGGCGGAGCCAGGACCGAGGACACGCCCACUAACACACUUCAUGCCAAUCAAAGACAAGAGCACCAGCAGCUCAGUGGAGCACAUUGGCUCCGGGGCCACCAGAGUCCAGGACCACGACAGACCCUCAGACCACCAGGUCCAGGACCACGACAGACCCUCAGACCACCAGAGUCCAGGAACACAACAGACCCUCAGACCACCAGGUCCAGGACCACGACAGACCCUCAGACCACCAGGUCCAGGACCACGACAGACCCUCAGACCACCAGAGUCCAGGACCACGACAGACCCUCAGACCACCAGGUCCAGGACCACGACAGACCCUCAGACCACCAGAGUCCAGGAACACAACAGACCCUCAGACCACCAGAGUCCAGGACCACAACAGACCCUCAGACCACCAGGUCCAGGACCACGACAGACCCUCAGACCACCAGGUCCAGGAACACAACAGACCCUCAGACCACCAGAGUCCAGGACCACAACAGACCCUCAGACCACCAGGUCCAGGACCACGACAGACCCUCAGACCACCAGGUCCAGGACCACGACAGACCCUCAGACCACCAGGUCCAGGAAGCUGCUGGCCAUAUUCAGCCUGAAUGAAUCAUUUCUUGACCUUCUCUGAAGAACUCGACUCUCUCUGAAUCCAGACUCAUGAAGUAGCUCUGCUGGACGUCACAAAUCUGUAAACGACAAACAUCUGCACGUCGUCAACAUGCUGCACACAGUCUGCUGCAGUCGUUUUCACGUUCAUUUAUUGAUUUAAUAAAAGCUGAAGGUCA